UGUUGCCACGCCAUGCAACAUUCUCUUGUAUCUCUCUUCCUGACGCUAUAUAUACAAGGCAAUCACUUCUUUGUCUGCAUUGCAAAUCAUCAUAUCAGUCUCUAUUUCUCAUUGAAGUGUGUGUUGCUUUUGAUCAAAGUUUGUUUUGUUUUUGUGUUUGAAUCGUUAAAGGAUUAAAAAUGUUGGCAAUAUUCAACAAAGGGUUAGUGAAUCCACCUCAGGAGCUGAACAGCCCAGCUUCAUUGGCAUCAUCAAGAAAGCCUCAGCUUCCUGAACAGAUUCUCAAGGAUUUCGCAUCUUCUGAUCUUUCUAAUGCUUUCUCAAUUAGCUUUGGAGAUUCUGCCUCCCUUGCCUAUAUCCCUCCCAAAAAUCCUUUCCCAAUUCAUCAGAGGUUGUUUUGUGGAUUGAAUGACGUAUACUGCAUUUUCUUGGGGAGCUUAAACAACUUGUGCAGCCUCAAUAGACAAUAUGGGUUAUCGAAGGGAACCAAUGAGGCCAUGUUUGUAAUUGAAGCAUACAAGACCCUACGUGAUCGUGGGCCAUACCCAGCACACCAGGUGCUCAAGGAACUGGAAGGCACCUUCGGCUUCGUGGUCUAUGAUACCAAAUCUGGACAUGUCUUUGCAGCCCUGGGUGCAAAUGAAGGUGUGGGGCUAUACUGGGGCAUUGCAGCUGAUGGUUCUGUGGUGAUAUCUGACAACUUGGAGGUCAUAAAAGGAAGCUGUGCCAAGUCAUUUGCACCAUUUCCAUCAGGGUGCAUGUUCCACAGUGAACAAGGGUUGAUGAGCUUCGAACAUCCAAGGAGCAAAAUGAAAGCAAUGCCUAGGAUUGACAGUGAGGGUGCAAUGUGUGGAGCCAACUUCAAGGUUGAUAAUCAAUCUAGGAUUAGUAGCAUGCCCCGUGUUGGUAGCGAAGCCAAUUGGGCAUUGAGAGGCUCGCAAGCCUAAGCCAACCGAAAAUGUGUGCGCAUUACUGAUAAAGAUGGGGGACAUAUAGUGUAGCUAAGAACUUUAAUUGUUUGUUUUGUUUCGUGUUCUGAUUUCCUGUUUAUAUUCUCCUAAUCUCCUAAUUAAGCUUUGAAUUAUCCGAGUAUUAUUCAAUGAACAAGAAAAUUUCCCUUUCGUGCA